AUGCCUCUGAGAAUGCGUCGUAUUCCACCUAUGUUUGCCCCUCACCUAUGGAAGGUGCAUGACGCCACCAUGAACAACAAUGCUCGUACCAACAACAUCUGCGAAGGGUGGAAUAAUAAAUUCUUCAACCUCGUUGGUCACUACCAUCCUUCAGUCUGGCGUGUCAUUGAAUGGUUUCAACUUGAAGAAGCGACGGUGAGCACCAUUAUCCAGCAGGAUGGUGUUGGCAACCCCCCUCGAAAAAGAGUUCGUCGACGCUAUGUGCAGCUACAAGAACGCAUUCGCAACUUGUGUGCUGGUCGACGGGAGGACCACAAGACUGUGGCAGAGUUUCUUCGUGGCGUCGGCUGGAAUAUUCGUCUUAAUCAUCAGCAUUAA